CCGAAGGCAGAUGCUUAAUGACUGAGCCACCCAGGUGCCCCAAGUAGACAUGUUUUUAAUGAUGACUGGUUCUCUCCAUGUUCCUUACUGGGCAUUAUGGAAAUAGAUUCAAGCAUCAGAUGAGAGUUGGGGUGGGGGAUUGGGAUAACCUUCUGAGGUCUUUUCCAGCUCUGAGAUCUUAAUAAGGCCAGAAAACUGUGCUUCUUCCCCUCUUAUCACCACUCCCCUCACACCUGCUGCUAUAUUUCCACCAUGGAAUUUGUUACACUACGUGGCAAUACACUGAUUUAUUCUGUACGUUGUGAUAGCCUCUGAGUUCCUAGAGGGCAGAGACUGGGUCUCCUUCUUCCCUUUCCCAGCUUCCAGCCAGUUGUCUGCCUGGUUCUUUGUGGGUGCUCAGUGAAGAAUUACUGCAUUAAGUUGAAUUGAUAUUCUUUAUAGUCACACCACCAGGGAAGUAGCAACCCACUGAAUUAAAUGUUUUCUUGACAAUGAGUUGUAAAGACUCUUCGGUUACCUGCUCUGACUCCGCAAGCACCACUAGUCAAUUCCUUGCCUUUGUAUUCAGGAUUUCUUUUCCUUGUUUUUCUCAUAUUUGUACCUUUCUUACAGCCUACCUACUGAUGUCAUGAGUACUGUGUUCAAGGUUGGAGCAAAAACAGAGAAAGGCUGGUCAUUCCUAUUAAGCAAGUAUGUCUCUGUAGACUCUGAAGCAGAGAAGAAUAAAAUACUUGAAGCUCUUGCCAGCUCAGAGGAUGUACGGAAACUUUACUGGUUAAUGAAAAAUAGCCUCAGUGGAGAUAUUAUCCGAACACAAAAGCUGUCAUUCAUCAUUAGAACAGUUGGCCGACAUUUUCCUGGACACUUGCUGGCAUGGGAUUUUGUCAAAGAGAACUGGAACAAGCUUGUACAGAGGUUUCAUCUGGGGUCCUAUACCAUACAAAGUAUUGUUGCUGGGUCGACACACCUGUUUUCAACAAAGGCGCAUUUGUCUGAGGUCCAGGCGUUCUUUGAAAAUCAGUCAGAGGCAACCUUUCGGCUUCACUGUGUCCAGGAGGCUUUGGAAGUCAUCCAGUUGAAUAUCCGAUGGAUGGAAAAGAACCUCAAAACUCUGACAUGGUGGCUCUAGCAUGCACAGCUGCGCCCCAUUUUGUCGCCCAUUCAGAGAGCUUGUUAACGUGGGCUCUGCUGCUUUUGCAAAAAGCCAAGGUGAAGCCAGAAUUGCUGCCAAGUUGUUGGCACUCUUAGGAGUUCUAGUUCGCUCAGGGCCCGUCUGUAUUUUUCAUCCGUCUUUCUCGAAUUGUCUUUGGGCAGUAUGUAGUUAUUUAUUACAAAAUUAUAUGCACCUGUAUGCCAACAUCUACAAAAACAGUGAGUAAUUUUUCUACUUUGAAGAUACGCAAAUGGGGGAAAAACCUCCGUUUUGGCAUUCUGUUCGGUUUCUCAGUAUCCGGAAAGUACUGACACAGUGCAACAAGGAUCUACCGUGGGAGCCGUCAUCUUUGCAGGUGCUGCUUUGUCAGCCAUUCGUUGCUUCUUAGUGAUAGACGAUAGAUGUUACUUUAAUGUGGUACAGAACUUAGCUUCAAAAGCUAUGGCAAUGAAGUCGACGCAUCCUACAGCUGUUAGAAAACCGAUCUCAGGUGUGCAGAUCUACUUGGUUUGAGGUUUUGAUUAAUCCUUUAUUUUCUGAAACAAAGUUUAAAUAAGAUCUAUAACUUAUAUUUUUUUUCUGCAGGACAGCCAGGUGCUACAGAAUUUUUAAAUUUUUGUUGUACUGAAAAGCUAAGUAACAAGGACAAAAGAUUAAAUUUUCCAAAUAGGUAAUACUUAUUUUUUCAUCUUUUAGGAAAAUGUUUCAAACUGAGUUAGCUUUAAUUAUAAUUAUUUUAUUUAUGAAUUCCAGUAUUCUCCAAAUCUGUACACCUUUAUCACUCCCUGCCAUAGGUAUAUCUUACGUUAUAGAGGAAUAUGUCUACAUUUAUGGCAAGCAUUUUGUUAAUACUGUUGUCUUUUAUCAUGACUAUCACUGUUACUAGAAUUAGUUUAGGUUGCCUUUGACAUUACCUGAUCAUAGACACUUUCUCUGUGAGUCAUACUCAUGUGUAGAUUUUCAUGUUAUAUGGUAGCAUAUAUUAGAAGCAUAUUUUAAAAUAGGGUCUUUGAGAAAUUGAACAUUUUUAUUUGAAGUUCACCAUAGUACCUUAAAGGAAUAAAGAGAAUGUGGGAUAGGAGUAACUUGAUUCAGAUUUAAUAUGGUGGGCUUUGAAUUUUUUCUACUAUCAAAAUAGUACUUUUCUUUAGUUGAAAAAUCAGUGGGUUUUGUUUGUUUUGUUUUAUUUUGUUUUUUUCAUGGCCAAAGUAGCUGAUUAAAAGGAAUGGCCAAGAAAAGAAAGAAAGAAAAGGGAAGAUUUCCAAAACUGUAUGGCAUUUUCACUCCUUGUAAAGGAGAAAUACUGUACUUGAAUUUUUUGAGCUAUGCAGACUUAGUAUCUAGAUUGUUGAGUUUCUUUGAUUCUUAGGGGAAAAGCUUUCUUCCUAAUAAUUUUUGAGUACUUUAUAUUUUCUUUGAAAACAUCUUCUGUGUACAUAAAAAGGGUAGAUACCCAUUUGUGAGCACUUAAAACACUCCAGAGAAUCAAUGGGAAAGGUCACCUUUUUUAAGUUAGCAGGUAUACAGUGAAAAUAUGUGGGAUUGUGUAUAAAAUUAUAUUUUACUUUAUGAAAAUAUUUUUAUAUAACAAAAUUUAAAAUGCUGGCAAGCUGAAAGGUAGCUUUCUUUAAUCCUAGUGUGUUUUUUCCCAAUUUAGUCUUUUCUAAACAUUUACCUCUGGUUCAGAGUACAAACUAUUAUAUCCUGAGAAUCGCAGAAUCCUCUAAAGAUGUCUUAUUGAAACUGGGGUGAUUGUAGGUCUUUAUUCCUCUUGUGCUUUAGCAGAUGAAUGAUACUUUAGUUGAUAUUGGAAGUUAGUGUGUUUUUAUAUUUUUAGAGUGGGGAAAAAUACUAAACUUUUGAGGGGUUUUUUGGUUGCUGGUUUUUUACCAUGUUAUAUUACUGAAUUCCACUUUGAUACAGAGUUUAAAUUUUGCUACUUCUCAACAUCAGUUAAGAUUUUUCAGUUAUACCUGCCCAUCUUUACAUUGCUCCUGUAAUGUAUGUUAACUCUGCAUAUGGCAGAUCUUGUCUUCAAUUAUAUCAUUUUUUCUGAG